AUGGAUUCAAUUACAAGUUUAAUGAAUGAAGAUGAUGAUAAUAGUUUAUUGGUUAUAGUGGCAGAUUUCAAUAUAUAUUCAUGGGGUCAGAGAGCGCAGACAGUCCAAAGCGAAGGAAGAGACGGUCGUAGAUUCCCAUUGAUUACACUGCCCACUUUUAUUGAGAACUUAUUGGUAUUCAUCAAUGCCUAUCUCAUGUUGAAUCAAGAGAAUCAAAUAGCACUGAUAUCUUCUGUCAUUGGAGAGAGUUACUUUGUAUAUCCACCACAACCACAACAAGCACUCACCGAUCAUCGUUGUAUAUCAGAACAAAUACAAUCAUCAUUGGAAAGAAUCAAUACUAUAUGUUUAGAGAAUUUAGAUAAAAGAAGUGAAGAACAACAACAACAAGAUUGUACAUCUUCAUUCUCUGCUGCAAUGUCAUUGGCAUUAUGUUAUAUAAAUAGAAUAAAGAAAGAGUUUCCAAGUUUAAGAGCUAGAAUUCUUGUAUUUAAUUUGUCACCGGAUGUGUCGACACAGUAUAUACCGGUUAUGAAUUGUAUUUUCUCAGCACAGAAACAAUCGAUUCCAGUGGACAGUUGUGUUUUAUCAACAACAGACUCUACCUUUUUACAACAAGCAUCUCAUCUCACCAAUGGAAUAUAUUUAAAACCUCAAAGACAAGAGAAUCUAUCACAAUACCUAUUAUCAACAUUUUUAGUAGAUUCAUUCUCAAGAAACACAAAGUUUGCAUUGAAAUAUGAUCUCUCUAAAAUUACAAAUGCAUCAGCAACAACUUCAGCUACGACCACGACCACUACUACAACCACUUCUUCUACAAAUUCGAAUUAA